CGUGUCUGUAACCAACCGUUCCUCAAGCUCUGGCAAGCGGCAGAGAGGCGAGGAGACCGGGCGCCGUAACCAUGAACUGCUUUAAGACCUAGCAGAAACCUCUCCAACCGGAGACAUUCAACCUAAGACAUCUACAUGACAAGGCGAAGCGCAAGAACAACAAUCAUGCAGUACAAAUACAGGAGAAUCUAAGAGCCAAGGUUGGAUCGCUCGUUCAUUCCACAUCUCUUGACGCAGAUCAGCUGGCGUAGCAGCCGGGUGGGGAGUCCGCAUGAUGUCCGUGGAGGAACAGCGAUAUUCCGACGCUAUGCGGCUCACGGAGGCCGGCCCGGAGGGGCUGUGCGGGGAGAUGGAGCGUCUUUCCCGGGAGUUGAGUGAGACCACGAAAGAGAAGAUCCAGGCUGCAGAAUACGGGCUAGUGGUGCUGGAGGAGAAGCAGCAACUCAAACAGCAGUAUGAUGAUCUGGAGGUCGAAUACGAGACUGUGCGACAGGAGCUCGACCUGCUUAAGGAGGCCUUCGGACAAGCCUACUCCAACCACAGAAAGGUGGCCGCGGACGGGGAGAGCCGUGAGGAGUCCCUGAUCCAGGAGUCUGCCUCUAAGGAAGCCUACUAUGAGCAGAGGGUCCUGGAGCUGCAGACGGAGGUCCGGCAGUCACGCAACAUCUUGACCAACACGCAGUCUGAGAACGAACGGCUGGCCUCCAUCAACCUGGAGAUGAGAGAGAGCUACCAGGGGGAUGAGCUGGAGAGGGUCCGGCUCCGGGAUGACGUCAAGGAGUACAAGUUCCGGGAGGCGCGGCUGCUGCAGGACUACACAGAGCUGGAGGAGGAGAACAUCUCCCUGCAGAAGCAGGUGUCCCUGCUGAAGCAGACCCAGGUGGAGUUCGAGGGCCUGAAGCACGAGAUCCGGCGUCUGGAGGAGGACACUCAGUUCCUGAACAGCCAGCUGGAGGACGCGGUGCGCCUGAAGGAGAUCGCCGAGCGGCAGCUGGGGGAGGCCCUGGAGACCAUCAAGACGGAGCGCGAGCUCAAGGCCUCCCUGAGGAAGGAGCUGUCCCACUACAUGACCAUCGGGGACUCCCUCUACCACAGCCCGCUCAACAUCUCUCUGGACGGCCUGAAGUUCAGCGACGACUCCGGCAUCGAGCCCAACAACGACGACGCCCUCAGCGCCUACGAGGACGGCUUCAGCAAGCUGGCCCAGGCCAUCGCCGAGGACAACCGCGACUCUGCGCCCAACAAGGAGGACCUGUUCCGCCCGGUGCCGAGCCUGGUGGACGACCUGCUGAGCGAACUCAACAUCUCCGAGAUCCAGAAGCUCAAACAGCAGCUGCUGCAGAUGGAGCGCGAGAAGGUGAACCUGCUGGGCAACCUGCAGGACUCCCAGAAGCAGCUGGAGCAGGCCAACGGGGCCCUGUCAGAGCACCAGGAGAAGGUGGGCCGCCUCACGGAGAACCUGGCCGCCAUGCGCAAGCUCCAGGCCAGCAAGGAGCGGCAGUCGGCCCUGGACAACGAGAAGGAGCGCGACAGCAACGAGGACGGAGACUACUACGAGGUGGACAUCAACGGGCCCGAGAUCCUGGAGUGCAAGUACAAGGUUGCUCUGUCGGAGGCCGGGGAGCUGAAGGAGGAGCUGAAGACUCUGAAGGCCGAGUACCAGGCCUGCCAGUCCCGCUACGAGGAUGACCGCAGCCGCCUGGAGAUCGACGUCACCACGCUGGGCGGGAAGCUGGCCUGCCUGGAGAAGAUCAGCCUGGUGGACCGGCAGGAGAAGAACAGGCUGGAGAAGGAGCUGCGCAAGGUGAGCGACGUCGCCGGCGAAUCCCAGGGCAGCCUGAGCGUGGCCCAGGACGAGCUGGUCACCUUCAGCGAGGAGCUGGCCACCCUCUACAACCACGUGUGCAUGUGCAACAACGAGACGCCCAACCGCGUCAUGCUGGACUUCUACAAGCAGGGCAAGGGCGGCCGCAGCAGCCCCGAGGGACGCGGCCGCCGCUCGCCCAUCCUGCUCACCAAGGGCCUGUUCCCCGCCGACCUCGGGGACUCUGUCUCCCCGCCCUCCCUGCCCUCCCCGCCGGCGUCGGACUCCCGGCGCGAGCCCAUGAACGUCUACAACCUGGUAGCCAUCAUCCGCGACCAGAUCAAGCACCUGCAGAUGGCGGUGGACCGCACCACGGAGCUGUCCCGGCAGCGCGUGGCCUCCCUGGAGUUGGGCACCGUGGCCGACAAGGACAAGGAGGCCUGCAUGGGGGAGAUCCUGAAGCUCAAGUCCCUGCUGAGCACCAAGAGGGAGCAGAUCGCCACGCUCCGCACGGUGCUGAAGGCCAACAAGCAGACGGCAGAGGUGGCUCUGACCAACCUGAAGAGCAAGUAUGAGAACGAGAAGGCCAUGGUGACAGAGACGACGAUGAAGCUGAGGAACGAGCUGAAGACCCUCAAAGAGGACGCCGCCACCUUCUCCUCUCUCAGAGCCAUGUUCGCCACACGCUGUGACGAGUACGUCACGCAGCUGGACGCCAUGCAGCGGCAGCUGUCGGCGGCCGAGGACGAGAAGAAGACCCUCAACUCCCUGCUGCGUAUGGCCAUCCAGCAGAAGCUGGCGCUCACGCAGCGGCUGGAGGACCUGGAGUUCGACCACGAGCAGACCCGCCGCGGGGGCGCCGCCAGCCGGGCCAAGGGCCGUGGGCGGGCGGCAGCCGCUGCCGCCGCCGCCGCCGCCACCGCCACCUCUGGGGCCGCCACGCCCAAUCCCCCCCACGUAAGUCAGAGCCUCACCUGCGCCGGCUCUGGCCGCCCAGAGAUCAGCAACGUCCUGCCCAACGGCAUCAUGGGAGGCCCCGUGGUCUUCUGCAGCGAGAAGUACAAGAUCUACUGCGACUGAGGACUGGGAGACCGGGUGUCUGAUAGGACCCCCCUCAACGGGACCGCUGUGUACAGAGGGGGGGGGGGGGUCACCUCCCUCCCCCCUGGCUUUAGUGAAUAAAAGCCCCACUCGCUUGCUUGUUCGUCCGCCCCUCUGGGCGUGUCUAGCCUCCCCGUGCUUACCGGCUGCUCGUUGCCUGUUGGUGUAUCCGCUACAGGGGGAAUGCAGGUGUGUGUACAGUGUGUGUGCUAGGUGUCGGACGGGGCGCGGGGCGGUACACAUUUCGGUGUGUGGUAUAUAAGGAGUGUGCCCCCCUGUGGUCGUAGUCGGGAUGGUUUUUGUGGAUAUUAUUGGGUGUCUAUACUUCGCCACCGUCCUGGUGCCCGUGCGUAGGGUGUAAAACGGUGGCCCGCUUUGUGCGUAGGUGUCUUCCGAGCCCCCUCCCUGUACCGCCGGGUCACUGUCAUGCGGUCAAGGCUGUGGGGGGGGGUGGGGGGGGGGGGGGGGCGGGGGAUAUGUGAAGGGGGCGUCACGCUCUCGGCCUUGGUUCAGAGUGUGACGUCUUCUACCCUUAGGCUUGUCUGCUGGCGAGGGUGCUCCUUGAUGAAACGACCCCCCGUUACCUUCUCGGUGUCCUGGCCAAUCCCCAGGACCCGCCUGUUGCCCCGGCAACCCACUGUCCAAUCAGGUCACUGAUUAAUGUUUACAUGAACAAAAAAGAAAUAAAGGAAAAAUAUGCAAUCUCCGACGGCAAGCCCUUGCCCUGGGAGCAUUCUCGACCGAAAUUCAAAGUCACAAGUGGGUUAGCUGACGAAUUGCUUCAGCGGACCGGAUGAGAAGGAGCACCUGUGACCACAUAUAGUUUUUAUAUUUUAUUUUGUAAUUACGGGAUUGUUUUUAAUAUGCUUGUACACCAAUUUGGUAGUGAUGAUGAUCAGUACUAGAAAUUGCAUGGCUUUGCAGCUGAAAUGCUCAUAAGCUUUUUUUAAUUUAUUUUUCCAACAGUGUAUCUGUGUUCAGACGUGUGAUCUAAACCCAUGUGCUACAGGGCUCUACAUUGUAAAGAACAGACAGGUUAUUCGGUUGUCGGUUGGAACCCAGGCAGGCUUCUCCCUGCCUGGACUAUGGCUUCUGACGAAUCGGUCUCCAUAGCUAAAUUCAAGUGCGCUUGGUCAGAGGUCGUCGCGAUAUCGACGAUAUCUGGAUUGCUGUGAAACAGAUAAAACAAGUUUUUAUUGAAAAUGCAGGUUUUUUUGUUUUGUUUUCUUUACACAAAUUUUAUGAAAUGCAAAUCCUAAAAGAGCACAAAUCCAAACGAUUUUGGAUCCUAAAUCUGCUAUCGGGGAAAAAAAACCGACCAUCGUCAGACACGAGUCAAAGUGCCUGCCGACCCGAAUCACCUGAAAUAUAUAUUUAUCUACAUUUAUGUAACGCCCUGUCCACCUGAUGAUGUAAUACACCGUCCCUUCUCCCCAUUAUGCUUGGAAGCUGACCUUAAAGCUCUGAUAUCAUGUGUGUGUUGAUGUGGUUUGGAAACACACACGCCUGGUGUCUCUAACCUUUGUCUUGUCACUUGUUCGCCCCCAUAUGACUCUUUUUACAGAUUGUCAGACGCUUGUUCACCACACAUCGCCACUCACCCUUUAACUAAAAAAAGAGGGAUUGUGGGGAAUCUUUUAUGUCAGGUAACGUCCUCACGCAUUGCAUACAUCUUGCUUGUGUGUGUGUGUGUGUGUGUGUGUGUGUGUGUGUGUGUGUGUGUGUGUGUGUGUGUGUGUGUGUGUGUGUGUGUGUGUGUGUGUGUGUGUGUGUGUGUGUGUGUGUGUGUGUGUGUCAUAAUCUUCAGCAUUGUGACCCUUGUUUGUAUAUAUUUUCACAAAGAGGGGUCCCUUUGUUUCUGGGUGUGUGAGGAUAAACCUAUGUACUGUCUUAGUAUCUAAAAUAGCUUUAAACCCUUGCGCAUAUACAAAGAACCAAUACGAGUGGGGCUUGUAUAGAUAAUUCAAAGUACUGCUUGUGGAUCAUAAACACAUAGGCUUUAUGAUGCGAAAAAGCAGGGUUGAUGUACGGAGAUCCUGCAAGAUGAAUCAAAGUGUUUGCUUUUUUCUAACUAUACCGAGUACGAAUAAAUCCCCAAUUAUAUUCUUGAUACGACCGCGUUCAGGUUAGGAUCUUGCAGGAUCGCUCUGCAGUAUUUCUUCCUCUCAGGGACAUAGGGAGGGAGCUUGUUUCUAUUGCAGAAAACGUAAGGCGCCAACCCUGCUUAAGAGCACAUCCAUAGGUAACAGGCACGCAGUGUAGAGACGGACACAGCUAUUCCACCAUACUGAGUGAAAGGCUAAGGGGAAGAGAAGUUCCUCUGGAGGUCCAUGUUCACUCACUCUUUUCUAAUUUAGUUAUACAUUUUAAUGAACUUUUAAGAGUGGCAUAUUGGGUUUCUUUUUCUUUUGCGUAAAUAUUUCUUGAAAGCGGAGGGAUGAAAACUUUCCGAGGAGCUCCGGGAGCAGGGAGCUAGAGAAGGAGGCUAGUGAAGAAAGCUAGCAUAAGAAACUAAACAUGCUAGCACAGAUAACCAGGAAUCUGGUCUUGAUCAUGGUCAUUGAGUUAGCCUUGAAUCAACUAAUUACUUUCCAAGGGACAUAGAGUCUAAAUGUUACCCCUAAAUGCUAGCAUAUGCUCUGUGGAACCACUGAGCGGUAGUUAGACCCAACAACCCAGGAUGUACUCAGAUUAUAACCUGUUAUGGAUAUAGUUUCAUACAGUUUGAAUUCAACGUCUAGCUUAUCUGUCGCCAUAACGACCUGCCACUUUAAUAUUUAAAUAAGCUCCUCCUACCUCUGUGCUAACAUGCUCCGCCCACUCGUCAAUACGUUUUGCUGAGUUGUCCAUCGUCAGAUCUCUGAUUGAUGUCAAAUGCAUGUGAAAUACACAACUCACUCGUUGUUGUUAUUGUUAUGAUUAUUAACCAGCACGUCACACUGGGUGAUGCCUUUCUCCUUUGCUUUGGUUGCGGGGUGAUGUUUCAACUGCCCCGGAAGUGAAUGAACGUUGUACUAGCGAGUCACUGGCUUCUUAGCGGCUUCUGCUUGGUGAUCUCGCUUGUAGUCGGCCCCGCAUUUUAUGCAUCCGAUAAUAAGCUUUAUUUUAACACUGGCUCAGGGUGACUAACUCGGAUCCUGCUUUCUGUUUGCCAUGACUAACGACAAGUCACUGUGUCUUCUUUCUCGAAAGAGGUGACAAGCUCCUCCCUGUUAAACUACAGUUUUCACUAAUACUCAUAAGAGGAAGCAUGCUCACCUUAAUGAUGUGUUGUUUCUUUCUUCAUUUGUUCCAGUUAUUGCAGUAGUUCUGCCCGGAUGAGGAGGUACCGACACAAGGUCGAUUCUCACUGCUGAAUCGGUUUCGCCGAAGGUUAGCACAGCAUAGAUAAUUUGGACUUGAGGAUAUCAAGGCAACACCAGCCGAAAACCAAACGAUGAAAACAGUCAAAAAGCUAGAUUUCUAAUUGUAUUCCCCCCAUUGCUGUCUCAUUUAAGCUAUGCAAUAUGACAUGGAUGGGAAUCAAGCUAAACUUCACUUCUUUAAUUGGUGCUGCAAGAAGCCAGGAUUUCUAAGUACAAGGCUCACACUUUCCGUGGGAAAUUUAUGAGUGACUUCAAUAUUAUAAUUACCCCUCAAUUUAAAGGCAAAGGAAAACAGGUUGUUUCUCAAUGUAAUAACAACUAUUUUUUCUACUUUAAUGUUGGAUUUUAGUUUUUAUUAUUUGUAUUAUUCAGUGCACUUUCAUUAUAUAGGAAAAUGUCAUACUAUUAUUAACCAGAGAAAUUCGUAGUGGAGUGGUUUGAGUUUUUUCCCAUAUCUACACAUAGUAGGCUAUAUAUAGGAUCAUAGGCCUAUGUGACUUCUACGUUGUGAUGAGCAAACGCCUCUUGCAUAUGGGAAGGCGCCACAAACCACAACCUACUAAUUGACUUUGUCUGUGAGAAUUGUAACCAUCUAAAACGUUUAUUCUUUCCUUGGUUAUAUAUUUACACUGUCCGUUAGCCUUUAUGUUUGUUCUACUAUGAUCUCUGAUAGAAAAAGUCCAGGGUGAUCAAAUUCUGGGGUUUUUCGUGUAUUUAUUAUUCCUAGGAAUAGUUCGAAAAAUUGCGCUGAAACUUGACAACGCUCUUGAUUCAAAAGAAGGUGAGUUGUGUUUAAGGAAAAAAAAACUGUGACAAAAACACGCUUUUUUCCCAGCUUCUUACCGAAGGGCGUUCCACUGAACGUGGAUCACUGACCAACAGAAUUCCCUACAAGUGCAUCGAUUAAAAUUCCAAAUUGGAAUUGUUCCAUUCUCCCUUUGCUUAUCGUGCCAAAUCAUGGUACACCGUUUAGGUUGAACAGAAUCAAGAAUAUGAAAAGGGACAUUUUUUGUCAUUGGGAAAGGCUUAGUUUGGACCACGGCUCUCGCGAGGGACGUGAUACGGUUUUCUGAUUUGUUUAGUUUCUUGUUUCCAACCAGUAGUGCCUUUCAUCGUUUCAAGGGAGAAUCUUAGACUAGGAUUUUAUGUUUAUUUUUAAAGGGUUGGGUUCAAAGUAACUGUGAGCAGCAAUAAAUGCGAAGGGUCGACCCCUAUCUGCAAGAACGAAAAACAGUUUAAAUUGGCUCGAUAAAAAUAAAUUAAUUGUAGGGAAUCAUGUGGGUCAGUCGUCCAUACAAUACAUUCAGGGGUAUAUUGAGAAAAAAAAAAGUUAUGUUUUAUUUUGAUUGGUUUUCUCACACUUUGGGAACCCAAAUAAAUCCCAAUGAACAACACCCUCCAUGCAUCUGAUAUGUAUGUGUUUGGCUAUUGGAAACAUCUCUAACUCUAGCUAUGUAUGGUGAAGGUAAUGUGAUAUCAAUAGUAUUGUGGAGGAAAAUGUGAGAGCGCAUUUUUUCAUUCCGUCGUUCAUUAUGGUGGUAUUUUUUUAUUAUUGUUGAUCUUUUUUAUAUCAUCUUUAAGCAUUAAUGUUUUCAGGAAACAGAAAACUAAAUUAGCAUCAACAAGCUUGAACCGUGCCAUUAUAGCCAAAGCUCGCUUGUUGAGGCGUUAAAAGUUGAAAUAUGGAAAAAGUAACGUAAAAAGAUAAAGUGCAAUUCUGAUACUGUUUUACAUUUUGAAAGACCUCAAAGUUUUCUGUUUGCUGGAAGCACUAGCAUUGUGAUAAUACAUUAGCUGUGCAAACUUUAUAUUGUCAUAUUGUGUUCAGUAUUGCUCCAUAAUUGAGAGUUUGAUACCUUUUUAUAUGAAAUAACGACUUCACCUGUAUUUAUUUGAAUUGUCAUGCAGUACUGUAUUCUUAUCAAUAAUGUGCGUUAUGAUUAGUGACAUAAUGAUUACAGCUAAAUGUCAUUUGCAUGUUUUUUUCAGUUAUGGGACCUUUACACAGAAUUGUAAAACAAACGUAUAACUUUGUAAUGGGUGAGAAGAAAAAAACAAAAAUAGAAUUGAAAAGGAAAAAAAGACGAGUCUUUUGUCUCGUAUGUAUUACUGCUGAAAUACCGCUAUGAAAAGUGUUGUUUGUUUUCCAGGAGAGAUAUGGUUUGUGUAAGGGGUAGUCAUACUGGUUAAGAAAAAAAACGAGAAAAAAAAGAAUAAAGGUAACUUAAAGUCCA